AUGGAGUUUAGUGGAACACAUCAGGCUUUCCGGGACCGCUGGGCGAAGACAGACGGCGACAUGUGUAGACACAGCAUGUCUUUUCACUUGCAUAACACACUGAGGCAGGAGUUCUUCGCCAGCUACCUGUACCUGCUAGAGCAGAUCCCACUGGUGAAACUCUAUGCCGUGACCUGUGAGUACAUUAAAGGGGAGAAACAGUUUUACUACAGGGCGCAAAACUUCUACAAAGACGUCCCAGCGUCGGAGGAGGGGAUGAUGGGAGACUUUGUUGAGGUCUCCAACGUCGACUUAGAAGGUUCUAGACAGUUUCUGAAGAAGUUUGUUGGGGGUCCAGGGAAGGCUGGUACAAAACGGGCACUGGACUGUGGUUGCGGCAUCGGGCGCGUUUCGAAGGGGGUUCUGUUCCCCGUGUUUGAAACCAUGGAGAUGCUAGACAUGAUGGAGGAAUUUAUCCUCCAUGCACAUGAGUGUUACCUAGGCGACGACGCAGACCGAGUCGAGAGCUACUACCUGUACAAUCUGCAAGACUUCAUACCGGCGGUCAAGAGAUAUGACGUCAUCUGGAUGCAGUGGAUUGCCUGUCACCUGACGGACAAGGACCUGAUGGAGUUUCUGAUCCGAGCCAAGGCCAGCCUAAGGCCCAACGGAGUCAUCAUCAUAAAGGACAACAUGGCUAGGCAGGGCUGUAAACUGGACCCGAUAGACAGCAGCAUCAUCCGUCACCUGGACAUCAUGAAGAGCAUCAUUCUCAAAGCUGGCCUGACCAUCCUGGACGUACAGAAACAGGAGGGUCUCCCCGAGAUCAUUGUACCAGUCUGGAUGAUAGCCAUGCAGUGA